CAAAGUUCACUAUAUAGAGAGCUCAGUGAGCUGAUCAGAGAGAAAGCAUUCUGCCAGCCCGUCUCCUACCAAUCGCAAAUCACUUCCUAACCUCCGCCUUUUUAACAUAUUUGAUCACUUUGAUUCUCGACUGCUUUUUCCUAUUAUUUUCCACUGCACGAAGGAGGUUUGUGGGUUGUGAUCUUUGUUUUUGUGGUUUUUGUUUUUUAGUGCUUUCAGCCUUUUUUGGGAAGAGUUGUCUUCACCGUCCAGGCUCUCCAAAAACAUUGGCUUCUGCUGCGCGCUUGCUGGCGCUACCUCACAUCAAGAAAAGGAAGAAGACGCAUUUUUUUUUACCCAGUUGGUGAUUUUCUUCAAGACUUGUGCUGGAACUUGAUAGUAGAGCUGUGCUUCGGUGUGCUCACUAUUGUUUUAUGCUGCUGCAGACACAGUCCUACCCACCAGCUGCUCCAUCAUUCUCUGAAUAGUCCAUGCUACCUCGGUUGAUCAUUUUUAAUAUUUAGCCUACAUUUCCCAUUGAUGGGUGUACUGGAUGGCUGACUGUAAGCGCCCCUGGACUUGGCCUUUAAGCGCAAGGCAGCGACUCAGCUCGCCAUCGCAUCAGUUUUGAAAUCGUUCUUCGUUACGUCUCCAACAGCAAUAAAUCGACAGUUUUCGGGAGAUUUUGAUUGGAUUCAACGUAGGCUAGAUUUGACAUUUUGUGUGUCCGGCUGUUAAUCACAGUUUACUGCGUUUCUUUGAGACAUUAUUCACCGCGACACCAAAACGGCAGACAAAAAGUUUCUUUACGUUGACUGAUAGAUAUGGCAAUGGUAGUGUGGAGAGGCUCCCAGGACGAUGUGGCUGACACCCAAGGCACCCUUUCCUCGCAAACCCAAGGAGGACUAUCCCUUCCCACCCCUCAACCAGGCCAGUUAAAUCUGACAGCCUCUCAGGUCGCCCCUCCGACCCCUCAGACUCCGGUCCAAGGACCCCCGAACAACACACAGUCCACGCCGACGAACCAGACGACGCAGCAGUCGGAGAAGCAGUCACAGCACAUCGAGUGUGUGGUCUGUGGGGAUAAAUCCAGUGGCAAACACUAUGGCCAGUUUACUUGCGAGGGGUGCAAAAGCUUCUUCAAACGGAGCGUACGACGGAACCUCACUUACACUUGCCGUGCCAACAGGAAUUGUCCAAUUGACCAACACCACCGCAAUCAGUGUCAGUACUGCCGCCUCAAAAAAUGCCUCAAAGUCGGCAUGAGACGGGAAGUUUCUCUUUUUACUGCAGCCGUGCAAAGGGGACGGGUGCCACCCACACAGCCACACCACGGUCAGUUCGCCUUGACAAAUGGAGACCCACUGCACUGCCAUUCCUACUUAUCCGGAUAUAUCUCUCUUCUGUUGAGAGCGGAGCCCUACCCGACGUCCCGGUAUGGCAGUCAGUGCAUGCAGCCCAACAACAUCAUGGGCAUCGAGAACAUUUGUGAACUAGCAGCCAGGAUGCUCUUCAGCGCCGUGGAGUGGGCCAGGAAUAUUCCCUUCUUUCCAGACCUUCAGAUCACAGACCAGGUGGCUCUGCUGAGGUUGACGUGGAGUGAGUUAUUUGUGCUCAACGCAGCGCAGUGCUCCAUGCCCCUGCAUGUGGCUCCUCUCCUGGCGGCGGCUGGCCUUCACGCCUCCCCCAUGUCUGCGGACAGAGUGGUGGCCUUUAUGGACCACAUUAGGAUCUUCCAGGAACAAGUGGAGAAGCUCAAAGCUUUGCACGUUGACUCUGCUGAAUAUAGCUGCUUAAAGGCAAUUGUGCUCUUCACCACAGAUGCUUGUGGCCUCUCAGAUGUGGCCCAUGUGGAAAGUUUGCAGGAGAAGUCCCAGUGCGCCCUGGAGGAAUAUGUCCGGAGCCAGUACCCCAACCAGCCCACACGGUUUGGGAAGUUGUUACUCCGCUUGCCUUCGCUCCGCACAGUCUCUUCCUCGGUCAUAGAACAAUUAUUUUUCGUCCGAUUGGUAGGUAAAACCCCAAUUGAAACUCUCAUCAGGGAUAUGUUGCUUUCGGGGAGCAGUUUUAACUGGCCUUACAUGUCAAUUCAGUAAACCAAGAAGGAGACGAACAAACAAAAGGUGGGGUUGGGGGGCUGCGAGACUACAAUGAUUAUAGCUGCUUUUGUGGAAAAACCAACCGGCUGUUACACGGGGCUGGCUUUCAUGAAGAAAGACAUUGACGUAAAUGACUGUGAAUUCCCCCCUACUCCAAAAAAAUUGAGACAUCCACUGAACUUUCAAAAUGGCAGAUACAAGCUCCCAGUGUUCAUGCAGAACAACCUGCUUCGAUUCAUUUUUUUUAAUGAAAGAAGAAAAUGAGAAAAAAAGGGAAAGGGAUUUUGUUUAUCCUUAUAAGGAAAUUUAAGUAUUAAGUGCAUUUAAAAAUGAUGAUUUGGGUAAAAGAAAAAAAAAACAGGAGAAAAGGGAAAAUACGAAAACGUGAAUUUCCUUUUCUCAAAUGACUUGUCCUGUGUCCAUGUAUAGCUGUGUUUUGUACUUUCUUUGUUCCUCCUUUCUGGUUUCAAACCGGCCUAUGUGAUUUCUGUAGUACAGGUGGUGUUAUUUUCUAAGACAAUGAUUUAUUUUGAAAAGGUGUACAAAAAAAAGUUCUAAAAAGAAUUAAAACCACAGCAAUAGUUUAGGCUUAUAAUCUAGGCUUAAUGCUGCAAGCGCACUUAUAUUCUAAGGAUGACCAAUACCAUCUUGGGAAAAGGAAGUUUCUUUGGACUUCAUGUUCAACUUUAUGACCCAGCAAAAACAUUUUGCUCUUUAUUAAUAUGAAGUUACAGGAUCCACUUUGUUUUCCAAAGUAUUUGCUGAAAAGUCUUCCCCAUUUCAUCCAGCUUUGAAUAUUUGGCAUUAGUUCCCCAAUUGGUUAAAUACAAAUAAAUCCUACAAUUUGCCUAUCCUGCUGUAAAAAAGGUAUUAGAGGCAGGUUGCUCUAAAUGCAUUAUAUUUGCAUUUAAGGCUGUUUGCAGUGGCUCAAACUGCACUGAAGGCAUACCUGACUUGUUAAAAAAAUUGGAGAGGUCAAGGGGUCAUAAAAGUUUGAAGCCUAGCCAGAGUAGUGUUUAAUAGCAGUAUUAUUAAAGCGUCCCUGAAAUGUCACCCUUUAUUCACUUCAAGCAUUAAGUGCCUGACAAGCAUGAUGUGAUUUCUUAUCAAAACGUUGUUAAGUAAGCCUACAGCAUUUUUGGGGGAACUCAAUUAGAUUUGAAACUUCAAUCGUGUAUUUCACUUGAGAAACACUGAUUAGAGGCAGUAUUCUUGUAAAUAUAGGUCAAUUCAUUUCAACAAGUUUUUCCUUUAUACAAAGUAUAUGUGAUUAAGAAAAAUCUGUGGUUGCCAUUUUUUUUUUCUCGGUAAUACAACGUUUUCAAAAUUGAGUGGCAGACUUAGCUAGUAGCACUGAAAGUUAUGUUUUUAAUGUAUAUACAUAUUACUACAAAUGUUUUCUUUUUCAUGUAUAUUUAGACUGUGAAUGCAUGGCCACAGGUCGCUAACCUAUUUUACCUUUGAUAUAUAAAUGUAAAUGUUUUCUCUCUCUUUUUUGACUGUAUAGAUAUAAUCUGUGCAUUCAGUACACUAGCCCUUGUAUUUAAAGAAACAAAAAAGAAAAGAAACGACGUUCAUUAUUAGGCUACAGACUUAAACAGGGUGAGCAGGUUAUGGAAAAGGAGUCGAUAUUUUAACUUUAGUGUUAUUGCUCCUUUGGUCUUUGACAGGUGCCGUGGUGUGCGUGAGCGUGUGUGCGCGAGAGCGUGUGCGUGCGUGUGUGUAUUUGGAAGCUAGCAAUUUUGUCCUUGUUUUGAGGCUUUUCUUCAACACACACAAAAACAACAUGUUGUGGUUGAAUUAAAAGGGAUCACUGAUUGAACACUGAUCUUUGGCUGUUCGUGGCCACAUAUGGACCAGAGAAUGAUACAUGAUUGUAAUUAUGAACAGUUUAAACUGACCCACGUUUUUAUAUAAAUAUAUAAAAAUAUAUGACUGCAGGGUAUUGAUAACGUAUAGAUACUUUUUUUAUGAUUAUUAUUAUUAUUAUUAAUUGCAAGUGAUAUAUGUGAGUGUGUGUGAAAGUUUAUAGUUGAACACAAUUCUUGUUUGUUUGUGUUAGCUUAUUGUAAACAAGCAUUCUGCUGUAAAUUUGUUCUUGGUAUUAAAUUAUAAUUUAUGAAUUUGAAAACUCAA